CUCCGUCUGCAUCCUUCACUUCACUGCUCUACGAUGAGAUAGGACCUGGAGCCACGCUAUGGAAAGGAGCACUUUACGCACUGGACACAUGACUGCUGCUGUUGACUGGAACCAGCGCUAAAAUGCUGCCGUGGAAGAAGAACAAGUUCGACCUGAUAGAGGAAGACAAGCAGUCCAAGCAGAAGGGCUAUGCGGUGAGUCUCAACUACUCCGCGCUCACCUCCUUCGCCAAGUCCUGCCCCGAGAGCGCGCUCAACCGGGUGGGCAGCAUGUUCAAGACCAAGAGGAAAAAGGUGAAGAUCACCAGCGAGGACCCCACGUACACGGUGCUCUACCUGGGCAACGCCACCACCAUCCAGUCCAAGGGGGACGGCUGCACGGACGUGGCGGUGAGCAAGAUCUGGGGCAAGAGCGAGAUGGGCAAGAACGGCACCAAGAUGCGCCUGACCAUCAGCUCGCAGGGCAUCCGAAUGGUGCAUGUGGACGACAAAGCCAAGAGGCCGGGACACCUGUACCUGCUGCACCGGAUCACCUACUGCGUCGCGGACCCGAGGCUUCCCAAGGUGUUCGCUUGGAUUUACAGGCACGAGAUGAAGCACAAGGCGGUGAUGCUGCGCUGCCACGCGGUGCUGGUGUCCAAGCCGGAGAAGGCGAAGGCCAUGGCGCUGCUCCUGUACCAGACCUCGGCCACGGCUCUGGCCGAGUUCAAGAGGCUAAAGCGGAGAGACGACGCCCGGCACCAGCAGCAGCAGCUCAUCGGGGAGCAGACCAUCCCGCUGGUCCCCCUCAGGAAGCUGCUGAACGGACAGUGUUACUACAAACCCCCAGUGGAGCGCAGCCGGAGCGCGCCCAAGCUGGGCUCCAUCACGGAGGACCUGGUCGGGGAGGAGGAGGAGGAGAAGGCGAUGCACUUUGAGUGCGAGGACGUUCUGGAGACGGACGAGGAUUCUGUUACCAACGGUAAACAGGAGUUGACUCAGAUUAUUAAUGACCUGGGGGAGAUGAGCAUAGGAAACGACGUGCAGACCCUGAAAGCUGACCUGAGGGUCACCAGACUCCUCUCCGGAGAGAGCACGGGGAGCGAGUCCUCCAUAGAGAGCAACCAGGACCCCGCUCCGCUCUCCAACGGGUUCGGGGAGGUGAAGGUGCAGGAAAUUGCCUGAAUGUUCUUUGGUAUUUCUGUGCGCCUGUGAUUGUUUUGAUGAGCCACGAUGUCUCCUUUGUAAAGAGACAUCUCCUCUAUCGCUGUGUUUGGGGAGAGUUCGUCUGAUCUGUGCCUCCGCGACUCACUGAGAGGAUCCACAGAAGAUCCUCUCAGGUUCCGGGACAAUUCACACGGACACACAAGUUUGAGAGCGUGUGACCACAGGACAAAGUGCAAAAACAAGUGCAUGGCCGUCUGAGAAACAACUGGUGGGACCGGCGAAAUCCCAGCGCGCCUCAGGGCGCAGGCACUAAACCCGUCUCUUUAUUUAAGAGGAUUUGUUGUAGCUUCAAACUUGUUUACCUACCGUUUUUUCUCUCUCGUGAAAAAGGCAUUCUUCUGUUGAGCAAUGCUCAUAAUGAUCCAAGCAACAUUCCGGUUUAAAGCACGUUUUCCCUCAGUGGUUCUGUCCAGGCAUCCUUAAUUCCCCUGUAACAGCCUGCUCAUUAUUUUACUUUGCACUGUUGUGGAAUUAAUUCAAGUAUUAUGUUGACUACAUGUAAAUAAUAUGUUGUUGUCUGAAACAUAAGUGUCAUAUCUUUGCUGUGCAAAAGAAAAAAACACCGUGUAUGUAUUAUUAUGUAAAGUAAGAUGUUUUAAGUAUAAAUAUGUUAUUUUUCAAAAGAAUAAAAUGUGGUUUGUUAUGUGAACCUCAUAGAAUUAUAAAU